AUGUGUGGGAUUAACAAACUUCUCAAGCUUUACCGCUCUAAACCGUCCUUUGAAGAAGAAGAAGAUGUGGAGAUGGAAGAGGAUUCCGGAACCUCUCCCGCACCCGCCCCCGCCCCCUUCCGCCGUCCCUCUAAACCCCUCAAAAUCAAAACCACAACCACUCCUCCCCCUAACCCUAAACCCGCACCAAUUUCAAAUCCUCUCAGAAACCCCUUCCAUUCCUCCAAUUCCCUCACUAACAAACUCUGGCUCACAAGCAAACUAUCUCCUCCACCACCACCACCUCCUCCUCCGCUUCCAUUUGAAGCGGAGUCAGAAGCUGAAAUCUCAGAAGAGGAUGUUGAAGACAGUGAAGGUGGAGUAGAAGGCCAGAGCUCCGAUGACCGGACUCAGUUCCGGCAACCAGGGAAAAUCUUUGUUGGAAACUUACCAGGGUGGGUGAAGAAACAAGAGGUUUCGGAAUUCUUCCGGCAAUUCGGACCGAUAAAAACCGUGAUUUUGAUCAGAGGUCACAAUGACACAGAGAGGAACGCUGGAUUUGGGUUUAUUAUUUAUGAGGGAGAAACAGCGGAGAAUUCAGCCAUGAAGGCGGUGGAAUUCGAUGGUAUUGAGUUCCACGGAAGAGUCUUGAUAGUGAAACUCGAUGAUGGGAAGAGGUGGAAGGAGAAAACGCUUGAGAGGGAAAAGUGGUUGCAUGGGAAUGAUGAGAAGGAGUACAGGUCCACAUGGCAUGAGGAGAGGGAUGGUUCCAGGAAAGAGUUUCAGAAGGUUAUGGAAACUGCACCGGAGAAUUGGCAGGAGGUUGUUCGUGCUUUCGAAAGAAUUAAGAAGGUUGAUCAUAUUAACUUUACUGUGCACUUUGUUUAUGUCUAUCCAAUUGUUGAUUCUGGGUUGAAUAUGAAGCAUAUACACAUACACCGGAAAUGA